AAUUGUUGUUAAACAUCGGCCAUGUGAUCGAUCAUUCAAACUAGUUGAGAGAACGAAAAAAAGCAAACCGUAGAAGAGCGUUCUUUUCGUCACAUGAACAAAACACAAAUUUAUUUCGUAAUAUAUUAACAAAAGGCCACAGCUAAAAUUGUUUCGGUGUACAACAUUUUCUAUAUACAUACAGACAAGCGGUUUACAAUCAAAUAGACUAAUGGUCGUUAAGUGUCGCUUUUUAGUUUAUUUAAUAAUUUUUGCAUAAAAUCGAAUUUAGUCGUCAGUUGGACCUAACACAUAGAAUAGCAUUGAAGUGGAAGUCCCUCGUUCGAAAAAUUUUGUGAAAGUUUUUUUUUUAUUAUUAUUUUCGUGUGUUGUUUCAUUUUCAAAAUUUCUGUCGAGUGAACCAACAACGCAAUAGAGUUUUAUAGUUUAUGGAGCAGGAAAAUAUGUUUUACGAAUUCAGUUAAUAAACUCCAAUUUAUAUAUUCAAUUGAAUUGAAAACAAACCAAAGUGUUUUUGUGUUGUGGCUUGUGUGCUAUAAGCGAAUUUCCAGCCACAUAACUCAAUUAUUUACUUCGCAAAAACAUUUUAUUAUUAGAAACUCUGUCAAAAUGAAUAGCAAACAAACCGUUUGCGUUACGUGGUUUUGUGUGUUUUUGUUGUUAUCGAGUCAAUUCACCAAUAUUGACGCCAGAAAACAACCAGCAAGUACAAAGAAAACCGGUACUGGUAGCCACGUAACAAGAACCAGCAGCAGCAGCAACACUGAUACCAAAAACUCAAAUUCCCAUGCCGAUCAAGCGAAAUUAAGUUAUGCCGGUUACAAUUCCGCACCAAAUCCGCCAAAGGCUCAACAGCCUGCUGCAGCAGCAGCACCUCCACCACCACCACCUCCACCAGCAGCGCCAGUUCAUCAAGCACCCGCUGCGACACCAGAUGCCAAUAAACCGGCAGUUGGAUGGAAUGUUCCCGAUAGCAAUGUGCAAAGACAGACGGUACACAACACCAAUGCGGCACCGUAUCCACAACAGCCACAACAAAGUGGGCCGCCGCCACCGUAUUCACCACAUUCAAAUGUUAACUCGCAUCCACAUGAUUCUCCUCCACCAUAUCAACAGCAUGCAGGUGCUCCAUCACAAUAUCCUGGAGCUCCAGUUGGAGGAUAUCCACAGCAAGGAGGUUUUCCCCAGCAGCAAGGAGGUUAUCCACAACAACAAGGAGGUUAUCCACAACAGCAAGGAGGAUUUCCCCAACAGCAAGGAGGAUUUCCGCCACAACAAGGAGGAUACCCACAACAGCAAGGAGGAUUUCCUCAGCAACAAGGAGGUUAUCCACAACAGCAAGGAGGAUUUCCCCCACAACAAGGAUAUCCAGCUGGUCAACCGUAUCCGGUCGUCCAACAACCACCUCAAAAAUCUAGUGGAAGCGGUCUGCAAACAGCUCUUAUCGCUGGUGUUGGUGGUCUUGCUUUGUAUGGAGCCCUAAAGCCGAGCGGAGAAAAGGUUAUUGUCAUUAAUAAUGGCGAAUCAACGACAGCAGCAUCAUCAUCAGACGCAACUACGGCAGCAUCAGUAGCUCCGGCAGCACCAGCAGCUCCGGCAUCGGAUGCUAAUACAACUAACGCAACACCAGUAUCUGCAGCAGUUCCAGUUGCCCCAGUCGCAUCAGCUGUAGACGCUUCAGUUGCUCCAGUUCCAUUAGCAUCAGUGCCACCACCAGCUGAUAAUGGAGUUUCAGUCACUCCGGUCGCAGUGCUUCCAUCCGACUCAACAACAGUCUCAAAUAGUCCCAUGCAACCAAUACCAAGCGAUGGCAACACACCUUUAGCACCAUUACCACCAUUAGCACCAUUUCCCGUCACCGUAACAAUGGCACCGUCCGACAUUCCACCAUUUUCGGGAUCAGCAAUCCAUUACGAUCAAAUACCACUGGCACCACUAGCACCAUUCCCAUCAUCACAGCCGCCACCAAUCUGUGCACCCGGACAAAAUCCCGAUGAUCCACUUAUGAAAUGUACACCAUUAACCGUCGCUCCAAUGUAUGUAACACCAUCAAGUGUAGCUGGAACGGCAACCGCACAGCAAGAAGUGGGCAUUCCAGUUGCAUCGAAUACCAAUCAAAAUUUACAGGCACAAUCAGCCUUAAAAAGUGGCGCUGUUUCGUGUACACUUGUUGCAAUCAAUCUCGUCAUAAUUCCGAUUUUGACAGUGUUGAUGGUGUAAGAAUUGGGUGUUUGUGUGUGGGUGUGUAAAUUUGGUUGUGAUUUUAG